CUUCCUACACAUUGUCAGUUGUCAGUGUCAAAUGUAAAUAUUUAUAGAUUAAAGAUCCUAAACAAAUUCUGCUGGUAAACCAAGGAAAAGAUGCCGGCACUUGGUUUGAUGCAUAGAGUGAAAUUGGCAAUUUUGCGACCACAAAACCGGUAUCUUGAGCCUGGAAAACUGUUCGGUUUUUGCCAGCUUUGUCAAAGUGUGCGACCUAACCUCAAGGUACCAGUUGCGGUGGGAAACUCAAACUUGCCCUAUUCUACAGCGGCAAAACGGGACGUUGGCGUAAGCGACGACGGCAAAAAACACAUUAAUAUCGGUACCAUUGGCCAUGUGGACCAUGGCAAAACCACUCUCACCGCUGCCAUUACGAAAUAUUUGCAACAUCAAGGGCUGGCCAAAUUUGUCUCUUAUGACGAAAUUGAUAGGGCUCCUGAGGAAAAAGCCAGAGGUAUCACAAUAAAUGCGUGCCAUGUGGGGUACAGUACGAAAACUCGCCAUUACGCACACACUGACUGUCCAGGGCACGCCGACUACAUAAAAAACAUGAUUUCUGGAGCGUCGCAAAUGGACGGGGCUAUUUUAGUGGUGGCGGCCACCGAUGGCCAAAUGCCCCAAACCAGGGAACACUUGCUGCUUGCCAAGCAAGUGGGCGUAACCAAGAUCGUUGUCUACGUGAACAAGGCCGACUUAGUGGACCAAGAAGUUUUAGAACUAGUCGAGCUAGAGGUCAGAGAGCUGCUAGAGGACUUUGGGUUCGAUGGCUCUGGAUGCCCGGUGAUUUUUGGAUCGGCACUACAAGCUCUGCAGGGCAAUGACAGUGAAAUAGGAACCCAGUCUAUUCAACAGCUGUUGGAUGCGGUUGACUCGUACGUGCCCUAUCCAGAGCGCGACUUCACUUCUCCAUUCUUGUUGCCAAUAGACAAUGCUUUUCUGGUACCAGGACGGGGGACGGUUGUAAUCGGCACUCUAAGCAGGGGUGUGUUGAAGAAAAACGCCGAUGCUGAGAUGUUGGGAUUCGAUACUUGCUUGAAGACCAGUGUCAAUGAUAUACAGGUGUUCAGGAAGAGUCUGCCUGAAGCGAAAGCUGGAGAAAACAUCGGGGCGCUGAUUCGCAACAUAAAGCUAAAAGACAUUAAACGGGGCAUGCUGCUUUGUGCCUCAAAAAGCGUCACUUUGAGCAAUCGGUUUAAGGCGAGCAUUUAUUUCCUUUCUAAAGCCGAGGGCGGCCGAUCCAAACCCGUUACCAGCAAGUACUGUCAGCAGCUGUAUAGUAAAACCUGGAAUGUCCCGUGCAGGGUAGACAUUGAUAACGACGCCAUGAUUAUACCCGGCGAACACGGCAACAUCAAGCUCACACUUUUAUGGAAAAUGGUAAUGUCGAAAGGCCAACAAUUCACAAUUCGGGAGAACAAUGUCACUGUUGCCACUGGGAUUAUAACGGAGAACUUGCCGAACGCGCGCGUGAUAGGGAAUCUGGGAAAGUUGGAGCUGCCUGAUUGAUCAGGACAUUUUGGCGUCGUUGAGAUGACGCCAAAAGUGACGGCGGUGGCGCCCUUGCCGGCGUCGGUCCUUCUGCAAAAACAACAAAUUGUUUCAACUCGGGGGAGCCCGCCAAAAAAAGUUUGGCAACGUUUCGCCGGAAUGGGGAGCGAUGGUGUCAUGCUUUUAGGAACUUGUUUACCUCGAAGUGGACGGAAAAAUCAUAAAAGGUUUGUGUUUUUUCUAUUUCUCAUAAUUCUUUUGUGGUUUUAAUGGAGGUUUUGGCUUGUCAAAAUACCGUCGAGUUUCCGCCGCAUCCCCCUUAGCGGCCGUGAAACGUUUCUUUGUUACAGUCAUUUGUUUGGUAAACGAUUUUUGAUAUGAAGAGCAAGCUGGGGUGCGCGAGUAGGAAAGGUUUGCUUCUUGAAGAAAAGUGGCCCUAAAAUUGGGAAGCAACCACAGCUAAAGAAAGAAAAGAGAAACUGGACGAAGUGUUUUUGGAAGUAAAAAAACUGUGGAAGGAGUUGGCGCAGUGUUGCACAUAUGCCUUGGUGCGCCAACCCAAUGCACCUGCUAGCAUUGCGCCAACUCUUGAAAAUUCACUGAGUAACCAGGCCUAGUUGAUAGCGUGUUGUUUUCUUAGGCAGCUGGACGUAACUGCAAUUAGGCCUGUUUCUUCUGCAUCUAUUGAGCAAUAAAGAACAUUUUUCUGCAA